UUCAGCACCAGAGGAGGUAUUGGUGUGACUCAUGCGUGCGUAGUAACGAAUAAAUAGUCAAUGCACGCGGCUCUAAAUAUCAGCAAAUCAAACGUAGGCUACUUCUCUAAAAAGGUCACUGUGGAUGGGAUUUUGUAGACUGAUAUUGAACUGAUAUUCAAAACCCUGUUUUUCUUGAAGUGUCAAAAGCGCACCAGACGUUGCGUUGCGUUGCCAACGGACUUUAUUUCAUCAUCGUCCCAUAGUUUCUUUCUGGGGCUCUACUUGGUCACCUGUACCCACCCUCAGCACGUGAAUGUGACUUUUCAUCUUGAAUAAAAUAAGAAAGGUUUCCCAGAAAGUGACAGCGAGCUUUGGAGUGAGGACAUUUGUACUGUAUCUUAGGAGUGAUGGCGGCGUCUGCACCUUCCUCGUCUGGCAACGAACCGGAUCCCAACUCGACAAAUUUACGACCACCAGGCUCAAGCUAUGACGCUUGGUGUGGAGUUGCUCACGGAUGUUCUAGAAAAUUGGGAAUGAAGAUAUGUGGAUUUUUGCAGAAGAACAACAACCUCGAGGAGAAGAUUAGUUCCUUCAAGGAAAGAUCGUCUAAGGACCUGCUGGAUAACAGCGACAGGGAUUCCCGUUUCAGACGCACCGAGACGGACUUUUCCAAUCUAUUUGCUAGAGAUUUAUUACCAGCUAAAAAUGGAGAGGAGCCAACUAUGCAGUUUUUGUUGGAGGUGGUGGAUAUUCUCACAAACUACGUCCGGAAGACUUUCGACAGAUCCACCAAGGUCCUGGACUUCCACCACCCCCACCAGCUGCUGGAAGGCAUGGAGGGCUUCAACCUGGAGCUAUCUGACCAACCUGAAUCUCUGGAGCAGAUCCUGGUGGACUGUAGGGAUACCCUGAAAUAUGGAGUGAGAACAGGUCACCCCAGGUUUUUCAAUCAGCUAUCUACUGGCUUAGACAUCAUUGGCUUGUCAGGAGAAUGGCUCACCUCCACUGCAAACACUAACAUGUUCACCUAUGAGAUUGCCCCAGUCUUCGUGCUCAUGGAACAGCUGACGCUGAAGAAGAUGAGAGAGAUCAUUGGCUGGCCUGAUGGAGAGGGCGAUGGGAUCUUCUCACCAGGUGGAGCGAUAUCCAACAUGUACAGUGUGAUGAUCGCCCGCUACAAGUUCUUCCCUGAAGUCAAGACCAAAGGCAUGACUGCUGCCCCCAGACUGGUGCUCUUCACCUCCGAGCAUAGCCACUACUCUAUAAAGAAAGCCAGUGCUGCUCUGGGCUUUGGAACAGAAAACCUGAUCCUGUUGAGCACAGAUGAGAGAGGGAGAGUCAUUCCCGCUGAUUUGGAAGCCAAGGUCAUCGAUGCCAAGGCGAGGGGUUGUGUCCCAAUGUUCGUGAACGCUACAGCUGGUUCCACAGUGUAUGGAGCAUUCGAUCCCAUCCACGAGAUUGCAGACAUCUGCGAGAAAUACAACAUGUGGUUACAUGUGGAUGGUGCGUGGGGAGGAGGCCUACUGAUGUCCAGGAAGCACAGGCACAAGCUGUGUGGCGUAGAGAGGGCCAACUCGGUCACCUGGAACCCUCACAAGAUGAUGGGUGUGCCACUGCAGUGUUCUGCCAUUCUGGUCAGAGAGAGGGGAGUUUUAUCAGGCUGCAACUCCAUGUGCGCUGGCUACCUCUUCCAACCAGACAAACAGUACGAUGUAUCGUACGACACGGGGGACAAGGCCAUCCAGUGUGGACGACAUGUAGAUAUCUUCAAAUUCUGGCUCAUGUGGAAAGCGAAGGGAACAAUAGGGUUUGAACAGCACAUCGACAAGUGUUUGGACCUCUCGCAUUAUCUCUACACUAAAAUAAAGGGUCGCAAGGGCUAUCAGAUGGUGUUCGAUGGAGAGCCCCAGCACACGAAUGUCUGCUUCUGGUACCUUCCACCAGGCAUUCGUGACAUGCCCGAUGGUCAGGAGAAGAGGGAGAAGUUGCAUAAGGUGGCCCCCAAGAUCAAGGCGUUGAUGAUGGAGUCUGGAACUACCAUGGUGGGCUACCAGCCUCAGGGAGACAAGGUCAACUUUUUCAGAAUGGUCAUCUCCAAUCCUGCCGCCACCAGGUCAGAUAUCGACUUCUUGACUGAUGAGAUUGAGAGACUGGGGCAGGACUUGUAAUGGCCACACCCAUUAGGAGGAUGUUGCCCUUUGACCUUUCAUUCUCAGCUUUGUCAUGUCCAGCUCUAAAAAGACCCUGAGCUACACUGAGCUUCAUAUUUCUGUUGUCUCUUGACCAAUCAUGUAGGACUUUGAAUCUUCAGCUGCUUAUAGGUCUUUUUAGACCACAGGUAACCUUCAGAAUAAUAAAUGUGGGUCUCAUAUGUUUCCUGUCUGUUCUGUCUUUUAGCAGUGACUAUGCCAUUGUUAGAUUUAACUAUUGUACAGUAUAGCCUAUGUAAGAGAAUACAUAUUCACAUACUGAGUGACCUUGAGCGACCUUUUCAGUAGAGACAGAGGACAAUGCAAGGCACCUCAUGGCAUAGAUAUGUACAGUAUUGUAAUAUACAGUACAAGUCGAAAGUUUGGAGACACCUACUCAUUCCAGGAGUUUUCUUUAUUAUUACGAUUUU